GAAGUGCUCUGGAUCCUUUGUCACUGCGUUCGGGAGUUGUCUAGUUAGUCGGUCCCGACCGCACACCGCAAAAGACGACAAAGCUCUUUGCUGGAGCCGAGGGUUCGGCCUUUCUUUUGUUUUUUUUAUUUAUCCUUCCUUUACUUCAAUCCGCUCAAUCUCCACCCAAUUCAGUAAUCCACGUACUGGCCUGUGCCUAGCGGAACCCUUGUGACGCCGGAACCAAUAUGCUGUACUGCGCUGAAAGGCAGAGGACUGUUUUGCCGAAGGACCACCGAGUCUCUGAGAAGGGUUGGUCGGGACAGUUCCGGCGGGAGAACGCGGCAGUGAGGGCUUCGUCUUCAUCUUCUGAUAUGCACCGACAGAAUUUUCGACCCCCGACUCCUCCCUACCCCGGCGCGGGUGUAGGAGGUUGGGGUAGCGGGAGCAGCUUCCGGGGUACCCCGGGCGGAGGCGGACCGCGGCCGCCCUCCCCUCGGGACGGGUACGGGAGUCCGCACCACACGCCGCCGUACGGGCCCCGGUCUAGGCCCUACGGGAGCAGCCACUCUCCGCGACACGGCGGCAGCUUCCCGGGGGGCCGAUUCGGGUCUCCGUCCCCUGGCGGCUACCCUGGCUCCUACUCCAAGUCCCCCGCGGGGUCCCAGCAGCAAUUCGGCUACUCCCCAGGGCAGCAGCAGACCCACCCCCAGGGUUCUCCAAGGACAUCUACACCAUUUGGAUCAGGGCGUGGUAGAGAAAAAAGAAUGUCUAAUGAGUUGGAAAGUUAUUUCAAGCCUUCAAUGCUUGAAGACCCUUGGGCUGGCCUAGAACCAGUAUCUGUAGUGGAUAUUAACCAACAGUACAGCAAUACUCAAACAUUCACAGGCAAAAAAGGAAGAUACUUUUGUUAACAUUUCUGAAAUUCACCGGGAAGCUUCUUGUGACAGGAACAUCUUGGACAAAACUUUUACUUGUGUAAUUAAGUUGAACCCUAAGAUGGUGACUUUGAAUAAUUAGUUGGGUCUUCUUGGUAUUUUUCAUCAUAUCAAGUAUUGUUGAUAAUAGAGAAAACAUCCAGUAGAAUAAUUUGCAAUAUUUAGCUCUUUGGAAGUGCCUACCACAUUUUAGAAGAUUUACAGUUUCCAGAUAUUUAACGUUCAUGGUUAUAUAAUGGACAUUUGUCUUUUCAAUGGUUUUUCCAAUGUUUUAAAAUAAAACAUUUUGUCUUUCUAGAUA